AUGUACCCCUCAUAUCUAACCGAUAAUGUGUGGUUGGUGGGUCUUGUGGUGGUUGGAUUUACUGGACUAUGGCUUGCCUUGAAUGGAGCUCAGGGCAAAUACUUUUUGCAUCGGCUCGGCUUUCGUCGUAGGCAGUCGUCUAGCCGGACUCCCCCGCGUUCAAUAUCACUAGAAAGGAAAUCGAAUACCAUCCUUGUAUCGCAAGUGGGCUAUACAGAAGUGUUGCCGCCCCAGCGCCGGCACAUUCUCGCCAAUCUGCCGAUGGACGGAAUAUCUUACCGAGAAGUCGACGAGAAGGAAGUUGGCGAGCACAUCCUACCAAUGACAGUGGAUUACUGGAGUAGUCAAGAUGAAAGAUACACCCCGACGGGUUUCUCAGUGGCUGAAAUCAAAGCAUUAGGUGACUUUCCUAAUUAUGCGGAACUCAGCGGCGUACCUUUACCUGAGCCAUAUCGUGAAUUCGACAUUGAUAAAGCGUUACCUAGGCCAUAUCGACCUUUCAGAUGGGCCUAUCACCAAACUAUGUCGCUUACAAAGUUGGAAACUGACUGGUGGAUCGAGCUCGAAAAUACCUACAGAACGAGAAUCGCGCAGCGUAAGGAGCUAUACGCCAAAAAUGGAAAGGCCGUGCUGGACGCUCUCCCGGGCUCUGAACUGGCUUGUAAGGAAUUAAUGGAGAUGGUCCUGCAAUUUGUUUGCGCUCGUUAUCCUCAAUAUUUCUCAUUGGAGAACCACUUCCUUCGCAACAGAAUCCUCGGCAUGGAGCAAGACAUUCGUUCGAAGCAUCCCCUGGAAAUUAUAUGUGAUAAUAUCCCAGAGGAUUUCGGGAUCAUGUUGCGUGAUAACAAGACGGGCAAUUAUUUUUUGCGCGCGGGAGUUAUCUGCUCUGCGUUGGGUUGGAACGUAGGUACCAAGAUUGGCCUUCAGCUUCAUGAAAUCCACCAGCCAAUUCCGGACUACAAGGAAAAGAUGCAGUUUUCUAUGGAUCGGUACUUUACCAAGAUGCCGAGCGAUAAGCCCAUCCAAAGAGGGUCCUGGGGUCUGGAAGUAGGGCAGCCACUGUAUAUGCCUGAGGGCGACCCUCACGAGAAGCUCAGGUUGUUUCAAGACCCCAACCUUCGACUAGAAGAUUGCCACCUGCGCGUGGAUUGGCAGACUCUACGACGCCUACCUCUCUCAGCCGCUGUUGUCUUCAACUUCAAGGCACUUUUCACGCCCGUGACUGAAUUCCGCGACGAACCAGGUGUCCCUGCACUGCUGACCGAGAUCUUGACGAAGGGCAAGAAAAAUUUGAUGGAAUAUAAGAACACAUGGCAUGUGGAACAUGUCAUUCUUCCGAAACUUGAAGAAUGGGCAAAGGAGCAAGAGACAAGGGGUUUGGUUCCCAAGGACUGGCAGGUGGCUACCUUGGAUGACAGCCCGUGGUACAAGAAUUGGCAGGAGAAAUGGCAUCGCCAACAGGGAUAUUGA